ACUGCUCCAGAGCCGCGGUCCGGACGGCAGCGCGUGCCCCGAGCUCUCCGCCGACCGCCCGCCCGCCCGCCAGCCCGCGGCCCCCCAGCAGCAGCCGCCGCGCAGCCCUCGCAGCCCCGUCCCCUCCAGGAGCAGCAGCGCCAUGGCCGGGUGGAACGCCUACAUCGACAACCUCAUGGCGGAUGGGACCUGUCAGGACGCGGCCAUCGUCGGCUACAAGGACUCGCCCUCGGUCUGGGCCGCCGUGCCGGGCAAAACCUUCGUCAACAUCACGCCAGCUGAGGUUGGUGUCCUGGUUGGCCAAGACCGGUCAAGCUUCUUUGUGAAUGGGCUGACACUUGGGGGCCAGAAGUGCUCGGUGAUUCGGGACUCGCUGCUACAGGAUGGGGAGUUCACCAUGGAUCUUCGCACCAAGAGUGGCAGCGGAGCGCCCACCUUCAAUGUCACUGUCACCAUGACUGCCAAGACGCUAGUCCUACUGAUGGGCAAAGAAGGUGUCCAUGGCGGUUUGAUCAACAAGAAAUGUUAUGAAAUGGCCUCCCACCUGCGGCGUUCCCAGUACUGACCUCGUCUGCCCCUUCCCCCCACCACGGCCCACAGCUUUUGCACCCCUCCUUCCCACAUACACACAAACACCAUUUUUAUUUUUUCGGCCAUUAUCCCACACCCUUAUUGCUGCCAAAACCACAUGGGUUGGGGGCUGGGGCUGGAUGGACAGAUACCUCCCCCUACCCAUACCCCUCCUGUGUGUGAUUGGAGAACAUUUUUUUGUUUUUUGGGUUUUUUUUUUUUUUCUGAAUAAAAAAAGAUUCUACUAA